AUGCCUCCAGUACCACAAACUCAAGGCCAUCCCGGUGGCCAAACUAUCUGGAAUAAGCUUCAGAUGGGAGCUAUGAUGGGUGGCACUGUCGGCGCUAUUUUGGGGUUUAUGUACGGCACACUUACUAUCAUCAAAUUUGGUCCUGGACCCAAUGGAGUUUGGAGGACUCUACGCACAUAUAUGCUCACUUCCGGGUCCACUUUCGGAUUUUUCAUGGCCAUUGGUAGUACCAUCCGUUCCGAUAGUAUCGCAUCUCCAGAAACAUUGGCAGCAUUCGGCCGUGCAAACCGACGUCCUCUGGUUAUGAAUCGACCAUAUCGUCCUUCGCGAACAUCAUAA